AUGGCUUUGGAGGCUGAUAACAUGACUUUAUCUGCUGCCAUAGAGGCCACGGAGCACCUCACACUCCGGGACUUGGCUGCCCACGUGCACCAUUUCGUGGAUGUCAUCUACGAUGUGCCACCCGGCUCAGUGAACAUCAACAACCUCAAAGCCAUCAUUCGUGACAAGGCUUGGGAGGAAUUGCCCGAGGUCUUGAAGAUGAAGGAGAGGCCGAAGGUCGACUACGUGUCCCAGUACUUCCUCAUCCCACAGGUGAACGGCAACAUCUGUGUCUUGAAGCACUUCUAUAUCAAGCAGGACAAGGUCAAGGGCAGCUAUGUUGCCCGUUUGAUCCGAGGCGAAGGGUGGGACUUCAUCAUCACCCACGGAGAGCGAGACAAGGGCAAUCUCAAGCAACUUCGUUGGAUCCAUCGACAGAUCAAUCGCGAUGGAAGCCCAAUCCAUGGCUGGAAUGAGAAGCUAGUCCAGAGGGCACUUGAUUCUCUCGCUAACGAUGGCACUAUGGCAGCCCUCAUCACGAGGUAUGACCUGACCAUCGACUGCCUGGAACCCGAUGUGUUGGAGAUCUUCGAGCAGUUGGUCCCCGAUCUUCGUGGACAUGCACUAUGGCUCUUGGGCGAGCCCGGUAUCGGGAAGACCCCAUUGGCACGUAUCUUGGCCAUGAUGUUUUCCCGUUACCAUGGAGGCACGGGGACGUUCAGAACUGCAUGCGAUUUGGAUUUUUUCAGAGGCGUCUCCUUUGACAAGACCUGCCCGGGACUCUUCGAUGAUGGAGAGGUGGGACCGAUCAAGAAGAAGAAGGCGUUCAGUGAUGUAGGAGACCAGGAAACAAUCCUGCGAGAGAGGUGGACCGCGGCAAAGUUUGUGCAGCACCAGCUGCGUAUCGUGAUCGACAACCAGUAUGACCCGGAGAAUCAGCCUCCUGAGGUGUUCUUCAACAACAAGGUGGAUCACAAGGUGUUCAUGAAGCUUGUCCGGCCUGCUCCUGGCUACAUCCCUGCAGCUGAUGCCCAUGCCAUCUUGAAGCGUGCCGUCUUCGUGGUCUUCGGCAAGGAGUGGAUUUACUAUCGCCCCCCGACCGAGAAGGAGGUAGAGCGUCUCAAGUGGCCUCGAGGAGACAUGUUCAAGGACUCGUGCAAGCCCGUGAUCUCCAAUAUGAAGGACGGAGGGCCACCGCCAGGAGAUUGUGAGGAAAUGGUGGCUUGGGAAAAUGCGUGGCUGAAGGAAGCCUUCAGGAAGCAUGAUGCCCCAGCACAAGCUCCAGUCGAGCCCGCUCCUCGUCACAGUCUACCACACCGAUGCUUGACGCACUUCUCGCAGCUGAUGGUGCCGAUGGAGGCUCCUCAUCCGUGCCCGUGCCCUUCGUCCCUGUGCCCAUCAAGCAAGAGCCCUCCAUGA